GUUCCUUCAUUCACACUUGCAUAAUUCCUUUCUUAUGCCCUCCCCCACAACUCUCUUUUAAGGCUUCAACUCCAUCUUCUUCUAACUCAUCCACACACUCACUUACACAGUGCUCAAAGCUUCUAUCACUUUAACAAGGUUUUCUUCUUGUUCUCCUUUCAUAACCGGAUAUUCAGAAAAGAGAUACAAAUACGCAACAAUGGCGGCAAAGAAGAAGUUGCAGAAAAGCUACUUCGACGUGGUGGGUUUGUGCUGCUCUUCGGAGGUGCCGCUGAUCGAGAAGAUCCUGAAGCCGAUGGAGGGAGUGAAAGACGUCUCCGUCAUCGUCGCGUCGAGAACUCUCAUCGUCCUCCACGACGAUCUUCUCAUUUCUCAGCUCCAAAUUGUGAAGGCGCUGAAUCAAGCGAGGCUAGAAGCAAACGUUAGGGUAUACGGAGGUGCUGAUUAUCAGAAAAAAUGGCCGAGCCCGUAUGCGAUUGCAUGUGGUGUAUUUCUCAUGUUGUCACUUCUAAAGUUCGCUUACCCCCCUUUACAAUGGCUAGCUCUGGGAUCAGUUGUUGUAGGAAUCUACCCAAUUUUUCUAAGAGGACUAACUUCACUCAAGAAUCGGACACUUGAUUCUAAUACUCUUGUUCUAAUCGCAGUCAUUGGAUCAGUUGGGCUGCGUGACUACUGGGAAGCGGCCUCAAUUGUCUUUUUAUUCACAAUUGCUCAGUGGCUCGAGGCUAGGGCCAGUCACAAGGCUACAGCAGUGAUGUCGUCGCUGAUGAACAUAGUCCCGCAGAAAGCGGUAUUAGCUGAAAAUGGACACGAAGUUGAUGCCGAUGAAGUGAAGGUCGGCACGGUAAUUGCUGUAAAAGCCGGUGAAAUCAUACCCAUUGAUGGAAUUGUUGUGGAAGGGAGGUGUGAGGUAGAUGAGAAGACAUUAACCGGUGAAUCAUUUCCCGUUUCAAAGCAAAUUGAUUCAACUGUUUUGGCUGGUACAAUCAAUGUGAAUGGUUAUGUUAGUGUUCGAACUACUGCCCUGGCCGAAGAUUGUGUGGUGGCUAGAAUGGCAAAGCUCGUAGAAGAAGCUCAAAACAACAAAUCCAAAGCUCAGAGGUUCAUAGACAAAUGUGCAAAGGUGUACACACCAGCCGUCAUUAUUAUAUCAGCUGGUCUGGCGGCAGUUCCAUUUGUUCUAAAACUUGACAAUAAGAGGCAUUGGCUUCACCUGGCAUUGGUGGUUCUAGUAAGUGCCUGUCCGUGUGCACUUAUCCUCUCCACACCAGUCGCCACUUUCUGCGCGCUUUCAAAGGCAGCAACCUCCGGGGUUUUAAUCAAAGGGGGAGAGUAUCUCGAAACGCUCUCUAAGAUAAAGAUCAUGGCUUUCGACAAAACUGGUACAAUUACAAGAGGAGAAUUCGAGGUCACAGAUUUCCAUUCAGUGUCCGACGAUGUUGCACUGAACACACUGCUUUACUGGGUUUCAAGCAUCGAGAGCAAGUCAAGUCAUCCAAUGGCGGCUGCACUUAUUGACUAUGCACAGAAGCUUUCCAUCGAGGUGAAGCCUGAAAGAGUUGAAGAAUUUGAAAAUUUUCCAGGAGAAGGGAUUCAUGGGAAAAUUGACGGGAAGGAUGUCUAUGUUGGAAACCAAAAAAUUGCGUUGAGAGCCGGGUGUGUGACAGCCCCAAGCAUAGUAGGUCACUGUAGCAAAGGAAAGUCUGUUAGUUACAUAUUCUUGGGAGCGGCUCCGGCUGGAAUUUUCAGUCUCUCUGACAGUUGUCGAACUGGGGUAAGAGAAGCGAUCAACGAGCUGAAGUCAAUGAACAUCAAAUCUGUUAUGCUGACCGGAGAUAGCCACGAGGCAGCCGUAGAAGCACAAAAACAGCUAGCGGGUGCUCUGGACGUAGUGCAUGACGGUCUACUUCCCAAAGACAAGGCACAAAUCAUAUCUAACUUUCAGAAAGAAGCUCCGACAGCCAUGGUGGGUGACGGACUGAAUGAUGCCCCUGCAUUAGCUACAGCUGACAUUGGUAUCUCAAUGGGCAUUUCUGGUUCUGCUCUUGCGACUGAAACAGGAAAUGUAAUCCUAAUGUCAAACGACAUUAGAAAGAUCCCAAAAGUCCUCCAGCUUGCUCGAAAAACCCAAUGGAAAGUGAUUCAGAAUGUGUUCUUCUCUAUUUCAACCAAGACUGCUGUACUUGCUCUGGCUGUCAUGGGUCAUCCUCUUGUUUGGGCUGCGGUGCUUGCUGAUGUCGGGACAUGUUUGGUUGUGAUCCUCAAUAGCAUGCUGCUUCUAAGAGGAAAUGAUAAGCAUGUUAAGUGUUGCAAAUCUUCUUCGCCCGCAGCACAUGCUCAUAAACACAGAAGCAACUCUCGUAGCCAUCAUUCAUCCCAUAAACACCAGCAUGGUUGUUUUGACGGCAGUGAAGCUCAAAAAGUGUCCAAUCCGCAUAAGUGCUGUACCUUGAGAUGUAAUAAAAAGACCUCAAACCCGGCUGACACAAAUGGCGGUUGUGCAAACAAAGAUCAUCGACACAAUUCAAAGCACACGAAUCAUAGAAGCAGUGUCCUCGGCAUUCCAUGUAUGGCAGCAAACGAAAUACACAAGCAUGGUUGCGAGGAAAAGGUCACCAACCUCAUCGGAAGCAGCCACAACAUUUGCAUACCAGGUGAUGAGAAUCACAAGCAUGAGGUAGAACAUUGUGAUCAUGAGAAUAACAACGAUGAAAACCAACAGAAGCAAAGACAUCUGAAUCAAACUUCUUGUGGAAUCACUCAAAGCACAACAAUGGAUGGUAACUGUCAUUUGAUCCAUUGCCUUGAGAACUCAGUUCAAGACCACCUUGUUGACAGCGAAGCACACAAUGUUGCUGCAACUGGCUGCCAGCAAAACACAGAAUCUGAGGCUUGUUUUGGGUGCAAUGGGCACGUUGAAAAAAAUUGCUCGCUGCUACAUCCAACAAUGGAUUCUUCAUUGGGAUCCAACCACAUGGGAUGCGUAUCCACUCAGGCUUGUCUGAGUUUGGAGAAGAGACAGAUUGGUGGGUGUUGCUCUAGUUUUAGGAAGGAGUGCUGCAGUAAGACGGGACAUUUUGGAACUAGUUUCAGAGAAGGAUUAUCAGAAAUUAUCAUUGAUUGAAUGUCCAUUGAAGUUUUGGACUAUUCAGAACUAACAUGAAUGUGUCCUCCAUCAAUAAUAGAGUAUUUUGUUUCA